AUGAAUAAAACAUUUCAGAGUACAUCAAAAGAACGAACACGAGCUGAACUCUUUGCUGAACGAAACAGAUCUUCUGCAGUAAUUAGUGUUGUUUGCAAAUAUUUGAUUAAGCGUACUGGUACAGCGCUAGCUAUUGAAGAAAUCUCGGAAUAUCCGUGGGAGAAAGAAGUUCUCAUACUACCUUAUGCUUCAUUCAAAGUGAAAAAUAUUCGUAAAUCGAGUGGAAAAGCUGGAGUUGUUACAGAAAUUGAUGUGGAAGAAGAGGACGAAAUGAAAUGGACAAUGAAAAACUCGUACAAGACGUCACAAACGCAUACCUCAGUCAAAAAGAUAGUUGGAAAUCAAAGUCAUCACGAUGAUACCUAUAAAAAAAUGUUUAAAGAUUCACAAAAAGGAAAAAUUGAUUCAGCUGAUUUAUCCAAAUGGAAGCAAGAAAGUUUUGGAAUUGAUCCUGAAACAGAUGCAUAUGCAAAAAUAUGGAAUGAUGCAAAAAAAGGUAAAUUUAGCAAGACUCAUUCAGCAAAAUGGAAAAAAGAAUGUGGUAUGGUUACAGAAGGCAAUCAUGAUAAUGAUUCCGAUUUAGAAAGUUAUGAUGGUGAGAAUGAUCCAACUAUUUUCACGGCAUCCAAUGAACAGAGUUAUGCUACAUCAAAAACAUUCAGUUCAAAACAUCCAUUUGAUAUGAAAGAAUUUAUGACAAAGUUUGAAAAUGAUAGUGACGAUUAG